GCUACCUUCAUCUUCUUAAAAUGGACACAGGUCUGGAGGAUCAGGAGCUACGUGAGGCGCAGAGGGAGUAUUUGGACUUCUUAGAUGACGACCAAGACCAAGGUGUAUACCAUGGGAAAGUAAGAGACAUGAUUUCAGAAAAUCAACAUCGCCUUCUUGUUAAUAUCAACGACCUCCGCAGAAAAAACGACAGGAGGGCAUACAAGUUACUAAAUGAUGCUUUUGGUGAGCUUAUAGCUUUUCAAAGAGCUUUAAAAGAUUUUGUGUCCUCAAUUGAUGGAACAUAUGCUAAACAGUUUGAAGAGUUCCAUGUGGCAUUUGAAGGAAGCUUUGGUGGGAAGCAUGUUUCACCUCGGACUCUUACUGCUUCUUUGCUGGGAAGCUUGGUCUGUAUUGAAGGAAUUGUUACAAAGUGCUCUCUGGUGAGGCCCAAAGUUACAAGAAGUGUCCACUAUUGUCCUGCAACUAAAAAGACACUUGAAAGAAAGUACACUGAUCUUGCUUCUCUAGAUGCCUUCCCUUCAAGUGCUAUUUAUCCUACAAAGGAUGAAGAAAAUAAUCCAUUGGAAACGGAAUUUGGGCUUUGUACCUACAAAGAUCAUCAGACUCUUUCUAUUCAGGAAAUGCCAGAAAAAGCUCCUGCUGGCCAGUUGCCACGCUCUGUAGAUAUCAUUGCAGAUGAUGAUUUGGUAGAUAAAGUUAAACCUGGUGACAGAGUUCAGGUAGUGGGAGUCUAUCGGUGCCUGCCCGCAAAACAAGGCGGGUACACAUCAGCUACAUUCAGGACCAUUUUGUUGGCCAAUCACAUUAAACUGAUGAGCAAAGAAAUUACACCAACAUUUUCAGCAGAUGACGUAAGCAAGAUAAAAAAAUUUUGUAAAGCUCAUUCAAAGGAUAUAUUUGACCGUUUGAGUAAAUCCUUGGCCCCAAGUAUCCAUGGUCAUGAAUAUAUUAAAAAAGCCAUCCUUUGUCUGUUACUUGGGGGGAAUGAGAAAGUUCUGGAAAAUGGAACUAGAAUCAGAGGGGAUAUCAAUGUUUUGUUAAUAGGUGAUCCUUCAGUAGCAAAGUCUCAGCUACUUCGGUAUGUGCUGCACACUGCCCCACGUGCUAUUCCUACUACUGGUAGGGGGUCAACUGGUGUAGGAUUAACCGCGGCAGUGACAACUGAUCAGGAAACAGGAGAAAGACGCCUUGAAGCUGGUGCUAUGGUUUUAGCUGACAGAGGUGUUGUCUGCAUAGAUGAAUUUGACAAAAUGUCAGACAUGGACAGAACAGCCAUCCAUGAGGUGAUGGAGCAAGGUCGGGUGACAGUUGCAAAGGCUGGCAUUCAAGCGCGACUAAAUGCUCGCUGUAGUGUGUUGGCAGCUGCAAACCCAGUCUAUGGCAGAUAUGACCAGUAUAAAACUCCGAUGGAAAAUAUUGGACUGCAGGACUCUCUGUUGUCAAGGUUUGAUUUGCUGUUUAUUGUACUGGAUCAGAUGGAUCCUGACAGCGACAGGGAAAUUUCUGAUCAUGUCCUACGUAUGCACAGAUAUCGAAUGCCUGGAGAGCAAGAUGGCACUGCAAUGCCUCUUGGAUGCACAGUGGAUGUCUUCACUACAAGUGACCCAAAUAUUACUGAUGCAGCAGAGCAAGAGCUGAAGAUUUAUGAGAAACAUGAUAAUCUUUUACAUGGUUACAAAAGAAAAAGGGACAACAUUGUCAGCAUGGAGUUCAUUAGGAAAUAUAUACAUGUAGCUAAACUUGUAAAGCCGGUGUUAACUCAAGCAGCAGCAGAUUUCAUCUCGGAAGAAUACUCCAAACUUAGGAGUCAUGAUCAGAUGAGUUCUACAAGUGCAAGAACCAUGCCAGUUACUGCUAGAGCACUAGAGACUAUGAUUAGACUGUCGACAGCCCAUGCAAAAGCUAGAAUGAGUAAAACUAUAGAGCUGCAGGAUUCUGAGGCUGCCCUGGAACUUGUUCAGUUUGCAUAUUUUAAAAAGAUUUUGGAAAAAGAGAGAAAGAAAAGAAAGGAAGAUGAAGAUGAAAAUAUUUUGCAGAGUCAGUCAGAAUCAAGCCAAGAGAGCACACGAAAGAGUUCCCGGCUCAUAGCUAAAGGAAUAGAUGUGUCCAGAAUUGGAAGUGAUGUAGACCCUUAUGAGUUUUCUGCAGAUGGACAGGAUGAAAGUUUUUCAACUGUAAAGUCAAAGCUAACAAGAAAAUCUCCUGUGGAUGAAGGCAGCAGUCAAAAGAAAAAAAUUCAUCUUAGCCGUGACAGAAUGAAGUUAUUUAAGGCUGCGCUACUAAAAGCUUUUAAAGCUACCCGAUCUCAGUCCACCUCAAUUGCAGAUCUGGUCAAACUUAUCAAUAAAGGAAAUGAUGAUCCUUUUGAAGUAGAUGAGGUAAAACAAGCGCUAAAUCAAAUGCAAGAUGAUAACCAAGUUAUGGUUUCAGAUGAUGUUGUAUUUUUAAUCUAAAUAUGUAUUCAGAUUGCAAGUUGUACUUAUUUUACAAUGUCAUUUUUCUAUUUGUAUGUAUAAAUAAACAUUUUUGCAUUAGAUUAAGUACUUGCUUGUUUUACAGUGAAAAUUGAUUCUUUCCCU